AUGAGUAACACCAAUGGAAUUCCAUUCCAAGUUCCGAUGCUUACCAAACAAAAUUAUGGAAGUUGUUGCAUCCGAAUGAAGGCUUUGCUUGGAGACUAUGAUGUGUGGGAAAUUAUGGAGAGUGGCAUUAAAAAAGAAAAGGAUGCCGCUACCACAAAGAAGAAAGACCAAAAGGCACUCACACUUAUCCAUCAAAGUUUGGAUGAAAAGAUAUCCGAGAAGGUUGCAAAUGCAAUCAACUCCAAGCAAGCAUGGGAUAUUUUUCAAACCUCUUUUAAAGGUUUGGACAAGGUGAAAAAGGUUCGUUUCCAAACCUUAAGAGGAGAAUUUGAAUUGCUGCUAAUGAAGGAAUCCGAAUCAGUUUCAGAUUAUAUUUCAAGAGUCUUGGCAGUUGUCAAUCAAAUGAAGAGAUAUGGUAAAGUGUUGAAUGACGAUAGGGUUGUUGCAAAAAUAUUACGAUCUCUAGAUUCAAAAUAUAAUUAUAUUGUUGUUGCUAUUGAAGAGUCUAAGGACUUGGACACCAUGAUCAUAGAUGAACUCGCGGGUUCUUUGCAAGCACAUGAAGAAAAAGUUGAAGAAAUCAAAACAAGAGUCGGUUGA